UUGUGCAAUAUGUAACCUUAGAUGAUAUAUAAUAUAGAAAACCUAACUAUAACAAUAUUUGAUGAAAAAUUUCGACAAAAUAUUAUUUAAGUAAUCAGUUAAUGCAGUAAUUAUUACACAAUUAGUAUAAAUUUAAAAAUAUUAUGAAAUAUAUAUUUUUUUACAUUUUAAUGAACAAUUCAUUGGCUUUUUUAAUCAAUUAAUACAAAAUAAAUACUGAUAAAAUUGAUAUUUAACAAUGAGUAGUAUAACAAAAAUUGCAUUUGAAGUACAAUUGUAUAAUACAACAAAUUUUUAUAUAGGGUUAGGUUUAGCAAUUAGUUCUAGUAUUUUUAUAGGAGCUAGUUUUAUUAUUAAAAAAAAAGCAUUGAUUCGACUUCAAAGACGCGGAGCAUUACGAGCUUCAUCUGGAGGAUUUGGAUAUUUAAAAGAAUGGAUGUGGUGGACUGGUUUUUUAUCAAUGGGAAUAGGAGAAGCAGCAAAUUUUGCUGCUUAUGCAUUUGCACCAGCAUCAUUAGUAACCCCAUUAGGAGCACUUAGUGUUUUAAUAUCGGCAAUAUUAGCAUCAAAAUAUUUACAUGAAAAACUUAAUUUACUAGGAAAGAUUGGUUGCCUUUUAUGCAUCUUGGGUUCUACAAUUCUUAUAAUUCAUUCUCCAAAAGAAGAAGAAAUCAAUACAUUAAAUGAGCUUUUAGAUAAGGUUAAGGAUCCAGGAUACAUUGUUUAUAUAUUAAUUGUGAUAAUAUGUAGUAUUUUAAUUAUUUUUUAUUUUGGUCCUAUAUAUGGAAAACAAAAUAUCAUAGUAUAUAUUUGUUUAUGUUCAUCUAUUGGUUCAUUGACUGUUACAAGUUGUAAAGGAUUGGGAUUAGCUUUAAAAGAAACUAUUUUUGGAUUUAGUAAUGGAUUCUCAAAUUGGUUAACAUGGGCUUUUUUAUUUAGUGUUAUACUUUGUGUUAGCAUACAAAUGAAUUAUUUAAAUAGAUCACUUGAUUUAUUUGAAACUACAAUUGUUACACCUAUUUAUUAUGUAUUUUUCACGACAUUAGUAAUAAUCGCAUCUGCUAUAUUAUUUAAGGAAUGGGAAAAUAUGAGUGCUGAAGAUAUUUUAGGCUCAUUUUGUGGUUUCUUAACUAUAAUAAUUGCUAUAUUUUUAUUAAAUGCAUUUAAAGAAAUGGAUAUAUCUUAUGAAAAUAUUAGACGUAUGUUACAGCCUAAACGAAAAUUAUUUAUAAAUAGUAACAAUCAAUGGAAUAACAGAGAUGAAGAAAGAUUAAUAACUAGACUGGAAACAGAAUUAAAUCAUACAUAUGGAGCUCAAGCUUUAACAAGAACUAUAUAAUUCUAUAAAUAUAUAAAAUAUAUAAAAU